AUGGCUAAUACUAUGAGCCCCAUAUCUACCAACAGUCCUAUCCUUUUGGCGGAGAACAAGGCCCUGAACAUUGUCUGCAACUUCACUAACCAUGACCAACACGUGCUGGUCAUCUGGAAGUACAAAGAAGAUGUUGAAUACAACUCUUUCUCGGAUGAAGACAAACAACGAAUUAGUAUCGAUCCUAAAGACGGCUCUCUUUUCAUCUCAAAAGCCAAUAAAAAGUACUAUUCAUUGAGGAAUCACGUGAAAUAUUAA